GUGGAGACAGCUACACAAAUCCAGAUCCACAGUGCGGGGACAGACUCAGAGUCACUGCCGGACAACUUUUGCUCAAGUCGUUCACCAUUGGCAUCAGAAUGGAGAAGAACAUCACUGACUUCUCAGGAAAGUGGAAAAUGAAAUCAUCAGAGAAUUUUGAGGAGCUUCUGAAAGCAAUGGGUGUAAACAUGUUCCUGAGGAAGAUUGCUGUAGCAGCUGCCUCCAGCCCUGCGGUUGAGAUCACCCAGCAGGGGGAGAAUCUGUCCAUCAAGACAUCCACCAGUGUCCGAACAACCCAGAUAUCCUUCACCGUGGGUCAGUCAUUCAACGAGAACACGGUGGAUGGACGACCAUGCACGAGUGUUCCGACGUGGGAAACGGACAGCAAGAUCAGAUGCGAGCAAACUCUACAGAAAGGUGAGGGGCCGAAGACGUCAUGGACCCGAGAGGUGACCAACGACGGAGAAAUGAUUCUAACGAUGACGGCCGGGGAUGUUGUGUGCACCAGAGUUUAUGAACGAGAAUGAGGAAAUGAUUUAGACCUCCGGCUCCAUGCCUGGUUUACAUUUACCCGCCCCGUUCCCGCGUCUGUCAGUUGGGCCGAGCUUUGUCCUCUUCAUCAAAUGGGCUACACAACAUGCAAUAGUUCAAGGACGUUUUGAAAUGUGUUUGUCUGUUUGUCUGUGUUAUCCAUGUGAUCUCAAGGCAAAAGAUCUUCUCCAGCAAACUCUUCUUAUCAUUAUUACCUGACGCUUGCCUCUCAUAAAACAACAAAGUAUCGGCAAAUGAUGCAUGUUAUACACUAAUAAAAGUAUCCAGUGAAUUUAAUCUUAAUCAA